GGUUCAGCACCAGAAGACUAAAAGAAUCGCUAGAACCUUCGUCCCCGAAAAAACGCUUCUUAUAUAUCCAUUUUGAUGUGUGUUUGAAACUCACUACAGAGACCUGUGCUGUGCUCAAAUCCGUAGCGUGGGCUUCUACUUUCUAGCUAGAUUGUUUGGAUCAUUGAUCGUCAACAUGGUGAAACAAUACCCGACUGUGAGCGAGGAAUACCUGAAGGCAGUUGAAAAAUGCAAGAGAAAACUCCGAGGGCUCAUCGCUGAGAAGAACUGCGCUCCUAUAAUUCUCCGAUUGGCAUGGCACUCAGCUGGUACGUUUGACAUAGAAACGAAGACUGGAGGACCAUUUGGGACCAUCAGGCACCCGGAGGAGCUCGCUCAUGAAGCAAACAACGGUCUUGAUAUUGCGGUUAGGCUUUUGGAGCCGAUCAAGGAGCAGUUUCCGAUCCUCUCAUAUGCAGACUUCUACCAGUUGGCUGGAGUUGUUGCUGUAGAAAUAACAGGAGGGCCUGAGAUCCCUUUCCACCCUGGUAGACCAGAUAAACAAGAACCACCACCAGAAGGUCGUUUGCCAAAUGCCACCGAAGGUUCGGAUCAUCUGAGGGCUGUCUUUGGACACAUGGGACUUAGCGACAAGGACAUUGUUGCAUUAUCCGGUGGACACACCUUGGGUAGGUGCCACAAGGAGCGUUCUGGAUUCGAGGGACCCUGGACAACGAACCCUCUCAUUUUUGACAACUCCUAUUUCAAGGAACUUCUUAGUGGGGAGAAAGAAGGUCUUCUUCAGCUGCCAUCAGAUAAAGCUCUUCUCGAGGAUCCAGUCUUUCGCCCUCUUGUUGAGACUUAUGCUGCGGACGAAGACGCCUUCUUUGCUGAUUAUGCCGAAGCACAUUUGAAGCUCUCCGAGCUUGGAUUUGCGGAUGCUGAGUAAAGGAUUGUGAUUUGUAGAUUGGUGGGGGGCUGGCUUGUGCGAUUUCUUCUAGAUUUGAAUGAACAAAUGAUUGUAAAAAUAUGGUAUGUUAUUUUCUGUCAAAGUUUUUCCGCUUGUGAUUGGUAAUAAUACUAUGGCAACAUUUGCUGCUUAUAAUAUAAUAUCACGUGUAGUAGUAAUGAACAAUGCUAGUAAGACUGUAUUAUAAUUUCACGUUGUGUAUCACUUUUUUAAUGUAAUGUCACAUGUGUACCCGAACAAUGCUUCUAAUGAAUGUAAUGUCAGAGGUGUGCUGAAA